AUGGCUCAGUCAAACCACGCCCUGAUCUUCGGUGCAACCGGAAUCCAAGGCUGGGCCGUGACCAACCAACUCCUCAACAACUACCCAACGCCCAACUCCUUCGCCAAAAUCACAGCCCUCACAAACCGUCCCAUCGACUCCACCACAACCCUCUGGCCGUCAUCUCCAAGACUCCAACCAAUAAGCGGCCUAGACCUCCUCUCACCAACUCUCAAACUCGGUCUCCAGGCCAGAGUCCCCUCCAUCGAAACUGUAACCCACGUCUUCUACUGCGCCUACAUCUACAAAUCCGACCCGGCCUCAGAAGUCGAAACAAACCUCACUCUCCUCAAAAACGCCAUCGUCUCCCUCGAGACUCUCGCUCCGAAUCUGGUAUCAGUGAUCUUAUCAACGGGAACAAAAGCCUACGGCGUCCAUCUCAUUUCCGAUUUCCCCUUUUCCCAAAACCUCCCUCUUCGAGAAGACUUACCUCGGAUUCCAGAACCCUACGCUUCGCAGAAUUUCUAUUAUAAUCAAGUGGACUUCCUCGCUUCCCAAAGCAAAGGCAAGAAUUGGACCUUCGCGGAGCUCCGUCCGGAUGCGGUCGUGGGAUUCGUUCCGAAUAAUAACGUCUAUUCCUUGGCUCAGGCGUUGGCAUGCUAUCUUUCUUGCUACCGGGAGAUCGAAGGUGAAGGAGCGGAAUGCCAGUUCCCUGGAACGGAAAAAUCUUGGACAAUCUUGUCGAACGAUGCGGAUCAGGAUAUUAUCGCCAAGUUCGCUAUCCAUGCCGCUCUCAAUCCUGGGAGUUGUGGAGAUGGGACGGCGUAUAAUGUGGCAUCGAAUUCGAAACCGAGUUGUUGGGAGGAGAAGUGGCCUGUGAUAUGUGAGUUCGUUGGAUUGAAAGGCGUUGGGCCGCCCGAGGGAGGUAGUGGGCCGCAGCCGGGAGAGUAUCUUGCUUCUCAUCUCGAACAGUGGACGGAAAUAGAAGAGAGAUACGGAUUGGCCACAGGAAGGGUGGGAAAUGACAGGUCUCUUGGAGGAUUCCAGUAUUUCAUCAUGACCAUGUUCGAUUUCGAUCGGCAUUUGGACAUGGCAAAGAUGCAUGCGGCGUGGGGAGAUAAAAAGGAGGAAGUGGGUUCGAAAGAAGUCUGGUGGACUGCAUUUCAGAGGUACAGAAAUGCGAAGAUCAUUCCAUAA